AGAACCUCAACUUCUCAAUGUCUCAACUUCUCAAUGUCUCAACUUCUCAAUGUCUCAACUUCUCAAUGUCUCAACUUCUCAACGUCUCAAAUUCUCAUCCAAUCUUCAUUUUCGCCGAUCCUUUGCCGCGAUACAUUUAUCUUCUCUCUCUCUCUUCCUCCCUCCCUCUCUCUCUCCACCAACCGACACACAGACAAUCUCUCUCUGGUCCUCCGCAAGCCUACGCACACACUCUACCUCUCUCUCCACCAACCAUACACUUCCAACACACCUUCAAGAUGUCUCGAGCAGAGAAAGCUCCCAAGAUUCCCAAGCAGCCGUCCAAUGCCUCAAAGAAGCGGUAGCCACGGCAGCCACGGGCAACCAUGAAAGGCCCAGAGUUCAAGGCCGAGUAAGAAUCACACCCCGCCCUCAUGCUCAGACUCGGCUAACCGGAAUUCCCUUACCAGCGUCUUCAAGAACCCCGUGCUGUUUGCCAUCAGUAAUGGUCAGGGGUGUUAUGAAGAAAUCUACCAUCUCCGUAGGGAGCUUCUCGUAGAGCGUUGCCCAUACGUCGUCGACCUGCUGUCUCCCGGUGGUGAGGGCGCCUGCGCGACUUCGACGAGACUUGGUCUACUGUUUUCAUUGAUAUCUUACCAUGUAGACUUCCAUUGCUGGCGUUUUUUCCUCGAUAUCUGUUUGUUAUUUUGUUGCGACCCAUAAGAAUGAUUAGAUAGAAAAAAAUAUGUAACUUUCAUUAGCACAAGCACGUUUUCCCCAUC